GUCGGAAACGAGGAUCUCGGAACUUCUCGCGCAAGUCCCAACAUGGCCGCAUUCUGAUACACUAGCUAGUGAAAGGUAGUUUCUCUAUACGAAAACAUUGACUUAGACAUGUGUUUGCAACUAUUUUGAUGAGAGGUUUCCAAACUAACCUAAAAUCAAAAGAGGUUCCAGAAGUUAUUCCACUGGUCAGCACUCUGUCCAAGAGUGAAAAGAAUAGGAAAGAUGUCUCUGAAACCACGCCGUGUUGAUUUUGACAGCAUAUGGACAACCUUGCUGGAAACAAUCAAAGGUGUAAUUACAUGUGGCAAGGUGCCCCGUGCUAUCUGGAAUGACCGUUUCUCUGAUGUCUACAAAUUAUGCACAGCACUACCAGAGCCUUUGGGAGACCGCUUGUAUCAAGAGACAAAAAAUUUUUUGGAGUCCUAUGUCAAGACAUUACACACAAAAGUUACACAGAGUGAGAUGGACCUGCUUGGUAUAUACCAUCGUCACUGGGAGGAAUACUGCCGUGGUGCAGGUUAUCUCAAUCAGCUUUAUGGGUAUUUGAACACUACAUUCAUCAAAAAGCAAAAGUACACUGAUGCGGAUAUUAACUAUGGUGGUUUUACUGUUGAUAUGGGUGACCACAUGUUGGAGAUCGGGAGGUGACUUGCCCUGGAUAUAUGGAGGAAGCACAUGAUCGAUCCUCUCAGAACUAGAACAAGUCUUCUGAUGGAAGAAAUUUCAAGAGACCGACUUGGUAGCUCCGUUAAUCAGGCUGUAGUACACGGUGUUAUCAUUUCUCUGGUGGAUGUGGAAAACUACAAGAAAAAGAUGGCAAUGCAGCUCUAUGAAGAGAUGUUUGAGACUCCAUUUCUAAAAGAAACAGGCAACUUCUAUCGCAGCGAGGCAUCCCGUUUAAAAUCAGACUGUACUUGCUCAGAAUACAUGGAAAAGGUGAUUCAGCGGCUAGACACUGAAAAUCUGCGCAGUCGCAGGUUUCUGCAUGGGAGUUCCUACGACAAAGUCACACAAGAGUGCCAGCAGCGCCUCGUAGCUGACCAUCUGCAGUUUUUGCAUGCUGAGUGCCACGAAAUGGUGCAAUUGGAAAAGUGCAAAGAUCUGACCAACAUGUACAAAUUGCUGAAGCCAAUACAGGGUGGCUUGGGGCUAUUGGUGCAAGAGAUGGAAGACCACAUCAGAUGCACAGGCCUGGAGGCAAUCAAGAACCUCAAGGGUGAAAAUAUCCAAGUGCUGUUUGUAGAUUCUAUGUUGGAGGUGCAUAGUCACUUUACAGAAGUCAUUCAGAAAGUUUUCAGCAAUGACCAGCAGUUUGUUGGAGCACUAGACAAAGCAUGUUCAGCUGUGAUCAACUACAAAGUCAAUCCCAAACAACCAUGCCGAUCACCAGAACUGCUGGCCAGGUAUUGUGACUGCCUUUUGAAAAAGAGCUCCAAAGGUAUCUCAGAAUCUGAAAUGGAUGACAAGUUGGCAAGCUGCAUUACUGUCUUCAAGUACCUUGAUGACAAGGACGUCUUUCAAAGGUUCUAUGCACGCAUGCUGGCCAAGCGACUGAUUUACGGACAGUCAGCGUCCAUGGAUGCAGAGGAGGGCAUGAUCAACAAGCUGAAACAAGCCUGUGGCUAUGAGUUUACCAACAAGCUGCACCGCAUGUUCACGGACAUGUCCAUCAGCACUGAUCACAAUUGCAGCUUCCAGAAAUAUCUACAGGAUAAACAACAGGAGCUGGGCAUCUCCUUUAACAUUCUCGUUCUACAAGCCGGAGCAUGGCCUAUAGGACAAGCCAACAUCCCAUCAUUUGCCCUGCCUUGGGAAUUGGAGCACAGUGUUCGAAUGUUUGAUGCAUUUUAUAGUGAGAAGUUCAGCGGUAGAAAGCUUACAUGGAUGCACUCUUUUUGUACAGGAGAGCUGAAGUUUAACCACUUAAAAAAGCCGUACUUCGUGACAAUGGGCAGCUACAAUAUGGCCAUCAUGCUGCAGUUUAACCAGGCAGAGAGCCUUACAUUGCAGGAUAUUUCUGCAGCCACACAGCUCCCAGAGAAGGAGCUUAUCAGACAGAUGCAGGCUCUUGUGGAGGCGAAAAUCAUCUUCACAGAGGGUGAAAUGACCACUGCAAGUACUUUCUCAUUAAAUAUGAACUACAGCAACAAGCGGACAAAAUUUAAGAUAACCUCCUCUGUUCAGCGUGACACCCCACAGGAGGUUGAGAGCACACAUUCAGCGGUUGAUGAGGAUCGCAAGAUGUAUCUACAAGCAGCCAUUGUCAGGAUCAUGAAAGCUCGUCGCCUUCUCAAGCACAACCUGCUUAUUCAAGAGGUAAUCACACAGUCAGCAACACGCUUCUCACCCAGCGUCAGCAUGAUAAAGAAGUGCAUAGAGACUCUUAUUGAUAAACAGUACCUGGAACGCACAGCCAGCUCUCCAGAUGAAUACAACUACAUGGCAUAGAAGAGGGUCAGCUGGGUGUCAUCCACUUGUGUCUGAACAGUUGAAUCUUAUGUACUGACUUGUAUAUCCAGGAUACAUUUUGACUGAUUAUUAGUGCCAGUUAAUGGUAAAAGGAAGUGAAGACACGUUGCAUGUCCUGAUACUUGUCAGUGAGUGAAAAUAAUGUGUGUGUGUGUGCCCUAGUAACAUGUAUGAAAAUGAACGCAGUAUCUGAGAAAUGAAUGCACGUGUUUGUGGGUGAGCAAGAGAGGGAAAGAUGUCUGUAUUGACAUGCAUAUGCAUUGGUGCUUGAACAUGUGAUGUGGAUAUGUGUAGCUGUUUUGAGAGGACACCAUAUCAUGGAACUGAUUUAUGCAGUUUAAACUUGCAUGCACAGCAUAAAAGAAGUCUGGGCCACUGUGAUUUAGUCAGCUUGUGAUCUGUGACAGUUUGCUGGUCACAUCAAACAAGGCUUGUUGAAUACUUUCUUUGUGCAGCCCCUCUGCAGGGAUGAUGUCCAAGUAUACACGAUACGUAGAUGGCAGAAGUAGAGUGAAUGCAGACUGAAUGUGUGACAUGGGGAGACCAUUAUGCAACACAUUUCUGAAAUAGCUGUUGUAAUAAAUGGUAUGGCAGUGUAAAUGUCAACACAGGAGAGCCUACCAAAGAUUUUAGUAGUUUAGUAUGCAUUUUUCAACUGUGUACGCUCACUGCAUCCCCCUCCCUAGUGACGACUGGCAGGUGUAAGAAAUGUGGAUUUUUAAAAACAACAUUAAUAACUCAGAUUGACUGUCUUUUGGGGCAUGCCUGAAAUGGAAAGAGCAAAAGGAGACAAAAAGAAUUUUUUAAGGUGCACAAAUCUUGCGGAAUAUGUAUAGGAACCAAGGUCUUUAUCCCUACACUGGGUGACAAAACUUCAUUGUUUUCUCUGGAGAAAACGGCCCAUAUUUUUGUGAAAGACAUUCUUUCCUGUAUUAAUUGUUACUAAUGGGUUUGGGAGGAGCUUUUUCCUUUGACAUUACGAAGUGACAUGGGUUUCAAUUGCUGGACUGCCUGACAGUGAGCUAGCACAUGCCUAGCGUGCAGGGCACUUAUGGUCAUGUAAUUUAGUAGGUCUUUAAUUUACAAUCAAAAAUUUUUUUAUUGGAUUGGGGGUGGGGUGAAAUUCAGAAUGGGAUGGUUGGGCAGGUUUGUGUAAAGAUGUUAAUAACAUUUGGUACAAUAUGUAUAUAAGAUUUUGCAAGCAUCGUGAAUAUAAAGCCUGUUUCAGAUUAUCAUCAAUACUAGCCUGUUUCAUGUUAUGCUGUAGUUGUACAAUUAAUAGCUUCUUGAAUUUGCUAGAAAUCUGUUGGUGGUUUUUCAGACCUCUCCUACUUGUUAGCCUAUGGUUUCUGUCUCCAGUUUCUCAAAUUAAAAUCAGUAAUUUUUUUUUUUGCAAUGUGCUCUUUGUUGCUGCUUUGGUUUACAGGCAACUGUUGGUAAAGUUUUCAGGAUUUUAUAUAAAUUGUUUUACUGUACGCCAAAACCUGAACAAUAGGAGAGAACUAGCCAAAACCUUGCAGUCAUUUUUAUACCAUCAUUCUGUAGCAAAAUGCUGCCUUCAUUCAGUAAGCAUGCUGAGACUGAGUCAGAUGUUUUGAUGCCAUAAGUAAAAUCUUUGGUCAAGUGUGUUUGGAGCUCUUUUCUUCACCUGUACCAUGAACUUGGGAAUUGCUUUUUAAAUGUAAUUGCUGAUAGUGGAUGACAGUGGUGAAGAAACAUGGAUGACUUGUGUAUAAGGUUUAGUGAAAAAAAAUCUGUAAGGGCUGCAAGGUUUGUUAAUGAUACAUGACUUUGAAUAAAAUGCAGAAUAAAUUGAACUACAUCAAAA